GCUUGGACUCACUCACUCGCUCAUGAGCGAUCUAUAGAUGGAUGAUCCUCUCUCAUGACAGCUUCGGGGAGUCAAGAUGGAGGAUCCGAACACUCAUGGUCCACAGUCUCCGUCUGCUGGAUCGACAGCAUCUGCCGGCGCCAGCAGCCUGCCGCAGAGACCUGCCAGUGUCGUCGUUCACGGCAGGAAUGUAGAGGUCACGGGAGAGCCGACUCAAAAGGAAGAUGGGACUGGAACGACGGGAUUAGUCAGAAAGGACAGUCUUGAGAAGACCAAAGAGUUUUACGGCCUUCACCCAUCCGCCUCCAGCUCGACCGCAAAGGACAAUGGGUCUCUGCGACGCGAUAGACUUCAACGUCAAAGGUCAGAUUCUAGGAUAUCAGGAACCACCCGAGGUUCUACCUAUACUCGUCCUACAUCCCCAGAUACAGGGAGUAUCACUUCAGCAAGGAGGUCCAUGACUAUCCUACCAACCCCUCGGGCAUUCCUUACACCUAAGAAACCACAAGCAGCGAUGCGGAUGGAACAGAUCGAACGUGAAAAGGCAAGACAAUCGCAUCAUGGCACGCCUUCGAUACAGUCUCCGAGAACCUCGGACCAAGCUUCGCCAGCCUCUGCUACAAGCUCUCAUACUCGUGACUUUUCACCUAUACCACCGCUUGGGCCUCCGGUGUCUCAAUCUGGCCCUUCUCUGCGUUCCCUAGGGUCGAACGCCAUCACUGGGCUGACAUCGCAGAAGCCGGAAUACAAUACAUUGGGAAGAAUAGAGGAAGCUAAAUACUCGCGAGUCGAUACGUCCCUACGUCCCAGCUUGGCAGAGACAUCGACCCCACCUCACAUUCACCGCGAGCUAUCUUCUGAUGAUUUGGUGGAAGGGGCAAGUGAAAGGCUACCGAAAGCUGAAGGUCGGUUUCCCUCUUCCGCCUUGUCACCACGAGCGUCUCGCAGGCGCACGUGGGACUCUGCACAUGGCCCAACGCGUAUACCACCUGCCGCUGCCCGAGUCAGACGAUACAACAAAAUUGGCAAUCCCCAAAUUACAUUCUGUCUCGGAGGUCACCUCGUGACUGGAGGAGAUAAUCCAUUCUCCGCCAUCGCCACGGCAGUGAUAAUACUCGGUCUCACUGGCGUCUGGCUAGGGACGACAGGUGUUUGGCUGUGGAAACAUGGCUCAGAGUAUGGUCUGGGCAGGGGAGGAGGGGUUGCUAUUGUCAUUGUCUUUGUAUACAUCUUCGGACUCGUGCUCAGCUCUGCACUGGUCUCGGCUUUUCGCGAUCCAGGCAUAAUUCCCCGCAAUCUUGAUCCCGAACCACCAGUCACCCAAUUCGAUGGAUAUUACGAACCAGACAACCGCGAAGUAGCUAUCAAUAACAGAGCCGUGCCCGUCAAAUAUUGCGAGACUUGCAACUCGUAUCGACCUCCAAGGGCCAGUCAUUGUCGCGUUUGCGGCAAUUGUGUAGACGGUAUCGACCAUCACUGCUCCUACAUCCAUACAUGCGUCGGGAAACGAAACUACCUAUCAUUUCUUGUCUUGCUCAUCUCAGCGCUAAUAGGCGAUAUCUACAUCGUCAUUUUCUCCGCCAUACACUUUGCCCUACUCUGCCAUCACGACCAUAUUUCCUUUGGUUCGGCCCUGCGGAACAGCCCCGGAGCCGCCGUCAGCUUUUUAUUGGGUAUAUUGGCCAUUCCACCGGUAUCUUUCUUGCUCUGGUACCAUGCAAGAUUGACUCUGUAUAAUUUGACAACAGUAGAGCAGAUUCGUGCGUCGGCGUCUCGAAAUUUGUUCUCAGUCGGGAAACGACCAGAUAACCCCUUUGCAUCUGAUUCGAUCGUGUCGAACAUCAUUAUUGCAUCUCUGGGUCGGCCACAGUUCCCCAGUUGGAUAGAUCCUUCGGGCUGGCACGAAGAAGACAAGAGAACUGUCAAUCCGGCCCUGACGGAUCCCCGGUGGUUGGCAGAGGGAGGGCUCAAAUCGAGGUUUGGAUAGAUUACAUUCAGUAUGAGUAGAGAUGGUUGUAUAACUUUGCGAGCACCUUUGCAU